AUGGUGUCUAGGAUAUGUAUGAGAUUUUUCUCGACCAAGAAGGAGGCGACUAAAAGAUACAUUGUUAGGCAAACUACUGAUGAAUUCUCGAAUCGAGCUCGUGAGCACAAUUUUCGAGCAAGAAGCGCUUUCAAACUGAUGGAAAUCGAUGAUAAAUUCAAAUUUUUGAAAGAAGGAAAAGUGGUAUUGGAUGUUGGAUGUGCUCCUGGCUCAUGGCUUCAAGUUGUUGCUCAAAGGUGUAAUCUGAAGAAUCCGGGAACUCAGGGAUAUGCGAUUGGAGUUGAUUUACAAAAUGUGUUGCCAAUUCAAGGAGUUGAUAUUCUUUCAUUGAGCGAUAUUACGGAUAAAAAUGUUCAAUUUAAAAUCGAGAAAAAGCUUAAAUGUCGGCCUGUUGAUGUUGUUCUGAGCGAUAUGGCUCCAAAUCCAACAGGAGAUAAUGCGACCGAUCAUUUGCGACUAAUUGAGCUCUGCAGAAAAGUCUUUGGAUUGUUUGCUUCAGAAGAAGAUAGGAUAUUGAAUUUGUCAAAAAACGGAGUAUUUUUGUGCAAAAUAUGGGAUGGUCAGCAUCGCUCGGAAUUUGUUACCGAACUUCAGAAGAAAUUUGGAUUUGUGAAGACGUUGAAGCCGAUGGCGUGUAGAGAUAACAAAAUGCCUUGGCGGACAGCGGUAAAAGUGGCACUCGCUGCUGGAGAAGCGCUGGCAAAAGCUGUGACCCGAGCAGUUAGAGAUGAAAUUAGGCAAACGCAACAUGCCGCACAACGGCAUGCGACGGCCACCGGCCAAACCCAGAGUGAGGCGAAAGAAAAUGCGAAUGCGAAUGCAAAAUUGGGAAUUUCUUUAGAGGAGUCGCUGCAAAUUUUGAAUGUGAAGCCGCCGAUUGAUCGAGAGGAGGUUGAGAAACGAUUUCAGCAUCUUUUUAGCAUUAACGAUAAAACUAAAGGAGGAUCUUUUUAUUUGCAAUCUAAGGUUUACCGCGCUAAAGAACGAAUAGAUGAAGAAUUGGCGAGACUGGAACAGAAAAACGAAGAAUCUGCAGAGAAUUCGAAAUAA